GCUCAGCCUGGGCCCGCCCUGCCGCAGAGAUGGGCGACAUGGAAUCCUACAAAGUGAUGCUGAAUGGGCCGGCGCCCUGGGGCUUCAGGCUGCAGGGAGGGAAGGAUUUCAGCAUGCCACUGUCCAUCUCCAGGCUGACGCCGGGCGGGAAGGCAGCCCAGGCUGGUGUGGGAGUGGGCGACUGGGUGCUGUACAUCGAUGGGGAGAGUACCAGUUCCAUGACACACAUCGAGGCCCAGAACAGGAUCCGUGCCUGUGGGGACAGGCUCUGCCUCACCCUGAGCAGAGCCCAGAACCACCUGGGGAAGACGCAGAAGGACUCACUCCCCUGCUCUGAACCCCUGAAAUAUAACUUCGCUCCCAGCACUGCCCUCAACAAAACAGCUCGGCCCUUCGGGGCCGGCUCGCCUCCGAACCCACGGCCCGGGCUGGUGACGAAACCCGUGACGUACACGCCCCUGGCGCCCACCUGCACCCCCCAGCACAAUGGGUACCUGCCAGUCCCUGACCCUCCUGCCAAGAGUUGCCGGACAACCCCGGGGACAGCCCCCAGGACCCCCACCACCACCCCCGGCCCUGCCAGCCGCCCACCCUGGGCUGUGGACCCCUCGUUUGCCGAGCGCUAUGCCCCGGACAAGACAAGCACGGUGGUGAGCAAGCACAGCCAGCCGGCCACGCCAACCCCCAUGCAGAACCGCAGCUCCAUCGUGCAGGCGGCCCAGCAAGCCCCUGAAGGGCCUGGCCGCACGCCCCUCUGCUACAAGUGCAACAAGGUCAUCAGGGGACGUUACCUGGUGGCGCUGGGACAUUAUUACCACCCCGAGGAGUUCACCUGCUGCCAGUGCAGGAAGGUGCUGGAUGAGGGUGGCUUCUUUGAGGAGAAAGGCUCCAUCUUCUGCCCCAAGUGCUACGAUACGCGCUACGCUCCCAGCUGCGCCAAGUGCAAGAAGAAGAUCACUGGGGAGGUCAUGCACGCACUGAAGAUGACCUGGCACGUGCAGUGCUUCACGUGCGCUGCCUGCAAAACUCCCAUCCGCAACCGUGCCUUCUACAUGGAGGAGGGACAGCCCUACUGCGAGAGAGACUACGAGAAGAUGUUUGGCACCAAGUGCCGUGGCUGUGACUUCAAGAUCGACGCUGGGGACCGGUUUCUGGAGGCGCUGGGCUUCAGCUGGCAUGACACUUGCUUCGUCUGUGCGAUCUGCCAGACCAACCUGGAAGGGAAGACGUUCUACUCCAAGAAGGACAAGCCGCUCUGCAAGAGCCACGCUUUCUCCCACGUGUGAGGGGCCGGAGUUCAGCUGCGCCCACGCGUGUCCCUGGCCCUGCAUGUUCCUCUCCCCCCUCCCCACCCCCACUGCCCCCAGGGAGCCAGGCUGGGCCCUCACCCCUUCCCCUGCUCCUGCCUCUUUCCUGGCAGCUCCUGGCCUGGCUCCAGCCAGAGGCAGGGCUGGAUCCAGAGUCCCUUAGAGCUGGGUGGCCUCUUCUGUGCCCCCUGACUGGCCCUAGCAGCCCCAGGAAGGGGACGCUGCAUGAGUCUCCUGUCCGCAAGCCACACAGCGUGGUGGCCAUGGCUGUGCCGAGGCUGGAGUCAGGGAGGGUCUGGCUCAGCCGGGCUGCUCCCUUGCUUGGCUGGGGCCCGGCUGCCUGGCAGCUCAGCACCAGGGCAGGGAUGCUCCUAGCACAUCCCUGAGGUGGUGAGGACCAGCCCCCUGCCACGAUCUCCCCCACCUUCCCUGCUGUGUGCUUAGUGUGUGGGGCUGGAGACCCGGCCCUGCUCCCCUGCAGGGGCCCUGGCUGUGUUAACCCCCCCCAGCUGCCCUGCAAACUGCUGCGGUGGCUUCCUAUCCUGGCUGCAUGCCGGCGAGCGUGGUCUGUGCCUCGUGUCCCCCCCACCCAGCUGGAGCCCAGCCGUGCCGGGGAGCAGAGCAGUGUGCCAAGCCCACCCCAGCCAUGGGCUGGCAGUGUGGGCUGGUGGUCAGCCAGCCGGCGGGCUCCCGCGAGGCUCGGGCAUAGCUUCCUACCAAAGAGAGCUCUGCCACCGCUGUCCUGGGCCUGUAAAUGCCUCUCCCAAACCCACACUCUCCAGCUGGGCUGCUGCUGAUGUAGCCAUGGUGCUUUUAGUGCCUUUAAUAAACACUUCUC